AAGUGAAAAACGCAGAACUAUCUACUGAAAAUAUUUAUCUAGAUCUGGAGAAAAAAGAUUUAAAAAAUAUACUAGUAAAAAAAAAGAAUGAAUUGGCGCAGAUGAAAGAUAAUUUAGUCACAACUCAAAGAGCAUUGAUAGAAAAAGACACGCUCCUUCAAGAAGUAGUCCUAAAUAAAGCUCAUUUAGCCGAACAGAUCCCAAAAACAUCUAGCAAGUCUGAAGUGGUUGGAGAGUGUGGUUCAGUUGUUUAG